AUGAGGAGUUUUUCAGCGUUGGCGAGCCCGAACCGUUUGGACUUGGUUGUUAAAGAGACGGACGGAGGAGACGCAAUGUCCCAAUCCGAGACAAACCAGAGCUGGAUUGCGACGUUAAUCAAGAAAAGAGUGUGUACGACGUUUGUGGAGGAUUCCUUCAGCAAUGGCGCCCUGUGCCAGUGUGGGAGUCCGAGGGACAGCCAUGCCUCAGUCACUCUGAAUGAUUACUUUAGUACGGCCAUUGUCAGUCACUGGGACCGUUCUCAGCACACAUCAGAGUCUCCCACAGAUGCUUUUGGAGAGGUGGAGUUUGCAGGAGUCAGUAAGAGGCACAGCUAUUUUCUCCGUCUUUCCUGGGAUACUCCCCCUGCUACCGUUUAUUCCAUCUUGACCAACCACUGGAGCCUACCAACCCCAAACCUGGUGGUGUCAGUGGUCGGUGGUGUGGGAAAGUCUAAGGUCAAGACCUGGGUGCGAGAGGUUCUAAGGCAGGGAUUGGCCAGAGCAGCCCAGAGCACAGGAGCAUGGAUUUUAUCUGGAGGACUGCGGGAGGGUGUUGGAAGGUAUCUAGGGGAGGCCGUGAGGGAUCACGCUAUGGCUGCAUCCUCAGUUACCCUCUCUAAAGUAGUGGCCAUAGGCAUAGCUCCAUGGGGUUUGGUAUGCAACCGGCAACAACUAAUCAACCCAGAGGGCAGUUUUCCUGCCAGCUACUACGUUCCAAACACGUCCCGAGACUCCUGUUAUCUGGAUAACAACUACCAGGCAUUUCUCCUUGUGGAUGAUGGGAGUGUAAGCCAUAGAGGUGUGGAGGCUGAUUUCAGAGCCCGUCUGGAGAGCUACAUUUCCUACCAGCGCACAGGAAAAUCGGGAAGCGGAAGCAUGGACAUCCCUGUGCUGUGUAUGCUGGUGUCAGGAGAGCCUUACAUGCUGGAGAGAAUGGAUCUCUCCUUGAAGAAGUCUAUCCCCUGGUUGGUCCUUGCAGGUUCAGGGGGACUGGCUGACUUGGUAAGCGACAUUCUGGACAACGUAAUGGCUGCACCAAGCCUGCCUGGGGCGGGGUCAGAAGGCGAGGGGGAGGCGGCUACUAAAACAGAUCUCAGGGGGAGAGUAACGGAGAGAGUGCUGAAACACUUUCCCUCUGAACAGGACACUGACAAACUCGUAGACAAGGUUUUGAGUAUUUGCCAGAGCAAAGACCUGAUCUCAGUCUAUCAUGAAGAACAUGAGGGCUUAGACGACUUUGAUACUGUGCUGCUGAAGGCUCUAGCAAGGGGGAGUAAGCGGCACCUUUCCGCUGAUGCUGUCCCCAAUACAGAGCAGCUGAGUUUGGCUGUGACCUGGAACAGAGUGGAUAUCGCCAAGAGUAUGCUCUUCUCUGGAAACAUCCAGUGGAAGAAUGAGGACUUGGAGGGCUUCAUGACUGAUGCUCUGGUGAACGACAAGCCCCAUUUUGUACGUCUCUUUACCGAAAACGGGCUGAACAUUCUGGACUAUCUUACAUAUGCCCGCCUGGAGGAGCUGUAUGGUUCGAUCUCAGAGGGCUGUCUGGCCUACACACUGCUACAUCGCUACCUCGCAGAACGUCUGGGUGCUGUCACUAUUGGCACUUCCCGCUCUGUUGUUAACAACACCUCUAGCCCAGACAAACGACUGACACUUUUUGAGGUGUCUCAGGCCCUACAGUACUUACUAGGCGAUGUGUGUCAGACAUUCUAUUAUAAAUGCCUGGGUCUGGAGGGUAUUGAUUCUAAACGGAAAACCAUCAAGAAACUGUCUACAAUCUUGCAAAAAGAUGCCGACUAUCGGAAGUGUAGGUGUAUUCACCCAUGGGCUUCACUCUUCAUCUGGGCUGUGCUGCAGAAUCGCAGUGAAAUGGCCAUCUACUUCUGGGAAAUGACAUCAGAGUCAGUGUUGAGUGCUCUGACUGCUUGCAAGCUGCUGAGAGUUCUCUCCAGAUUAGAGACCGAAACUGAGAUGAAAUACUCCAUGAAGGAACUGGCUCAAAGAUUUGAAAAAUUGGCCCAUGAUGUGUUCAGUAAGUGCUAUGAGAGCAGUGAGAGUCGGUCUUUCAUUCUGCUGAAGAAAAAAUCUGUGGUCUGGAAUGGCACUACAUGUCUGAAGAUGGCCAUGGAAGCAGAUGCUCGCCUCUUCUUUAGUCACGACGGCGUGCAGUGUCUGCUGUCUCAGAUCUGGUGGGGAGCUAUGGACAGGAGCACCGAGGUAUGGAAGCUCAUCCUCACUCUGUUUGUCCCUCCCCUCUGCUACACCAACCUAAUCUCUUUCACAGAGGUGGAUGAUGCAGAUGAGGGGAGGUCUGAGGAUGUCUCACAGCAAAAGGACAUAGACUGGCUCUAUGCAGAGACCGUUUUCUCUUUCUCAGACAUCAAACACAUUCAGGCAAAAACACUAGAGUCAAGUCCUGUUAGACAAAGCAUAAAAGGUUACCCAGACCGGCCAGUCCGGCCCAAGUUGCCUUUUGUAUUUUCACGCUGGAGACAGUUCUGGUACGCACCGGUCACUGCCUUCCUUGGAAAUGUGCUGAUGUACUUCCUUUUCCUGCUUCUGUUUGCCUAUGUACUGUUGAUGGACUUCAAGCCUCCACCCCCAAGUGGCCCGGCCUUCUGGGAGCUCCUGAUGUAUUUCUGGGUGUUCACCAUGGUGUGCGAGGAGAUCCGAGAGACAUUCUUUGUGGGCAGCAUGACUUUUACACAGAGGAUACGACAGUAUGCUCAGGAUAUGUGGCACAAGUGUGACCUCAUUGCCAUUACACUCUUCCUUAUUGGCGUGUGCUGCAGGAUGUUCCAGGAAACGUUUUGGUUCGGCCGUGCAGCCUUGUGUCUUGACUACAUGGUGUUCACCCUCAGACUUAUCCACAUCUUCGCCAUUCAUAAGCAACUUGGGCCAAAAAUCAUCAUAGUGGGCAAAAUGAUGAAAGAUAUCUUCUUCUUUCUGUUCUUCCUUGCUGUGUGGUUGUUGGCAUAUGGAGUGGCCAAUCAGGCUCUGAUAUACCCCUAUGACUCAAGUGCUGAUAGGAUACUUCGCCGUGUAUUAUACAGGCCAUAUUUACAUAUAUUUGGACAAAUUCCUGUGGAGGAAAUAGACUCUGGAUAUAGUUGGGAUGUAAAUUGCACAGACAAUGCAACAUUAGUUAACGCAGGUGCAGAACCAUGUAGGGAAGCACAUCAUAACUGGCUUGUGGUCAUCCUACUCAUCGUCUACCUUUUGGUCACCAACAUCCUGCUCAUUAACCUACUCAUCGCCAUGUUCAGUUACACCUUCAACAAGGUGCAAGAUCGGAGUGACACAUACUGGAAGUUCCAGCGCUACAACGUAAUUGUGGGGUAUCAUUCUCGACCAUGCCUCGCUCCACCCUUCAUCAUCAUCUCUCACUUCCACCUCUUCAUCAAGCGGAACAUCCGUAAGGUGCCCUCUGAGAAGGUGCACCAAUUUGCUGUGGACUUAAAGGAUAAAGCUAAUAACCGGCUAAUGACAUGGGAGAACAUUCAGAAGGAGAACUUCUUGUCUGCUGAGGCAAAGAAGCUAAGAGCAAGUGACACGGAGACUGUAAAGCGCAUGUCUGUCAAAGUGGAUGGUGUUCUCAAACAAACCGCUGAGAUCAGGGAUUUGGAUCGCAGACUAAGAGCCCUUGAGUCAGAGAUGGAAUUCUGUUCAUCAACACUUAUAUGGAUGGCUGAGGCUCUCUCUCAAAGCAGUGUGCUAAAAUCCACUAAGCCACCUCCCACACGUAAAGUAAACCCAUCUACACCAGAGAUGUGAGAAUGGUUCCCUCAUCUUUCAUCUCUCUUUUGCCCCCUUUCUCUUCGUCUCACACACACAGACACACAGUGGGGUAAAAGGCUGCGUAUUCCUAUUUUAUGAGAGCGCGGUCACUUCUGAUAUUUAAAUUGGCCGCAUUUGUCCUCUUCCUUGCAUGUGUUUAUUAUGCCAAAGGAAAACGUAAGAUUACAGAGUAUAU